AUGGCCGCCAAUCACAUGUAUCCUCGCUCUCCACGAAGACGCUCUCCGCCGCUCACCGAAAAAGACCAUCGCUUAUGUGAAGAAACUUUAUUAUAUAAAAAUGCAAAGGAAGAUAGCAAAAGUAAUAAAAAGUCUGAACUUAUUAAAGUUACUAAAAAGGAAUCGCCAGGCAUAACUUUUAAGAAAGAAGAAAACUUCAGCGAUUGGUAUUCGGAGGUCAUUAAAAAAGCUGAUCUCAUAUCUUCUUAUCCGGUGACUGGCUGCUUUGUUUUGCGUCCAAACGCCUUUUCUAUUUGGGAAAGGAUCACAAAAUUUCUUGACGAUAAGUUUAAGUCAAUCGGCGUUCAGAAUUGUUAUUUUCCGAUGUUCGUGAGAAAUGAAUCUCUUCAGAGAGAAGCUACCAAUUUCACUGAUUUUGCACCCGAGGUUGCCUGGGUGACCAAAUGUGGUAAUUCUGAGUUUUCUGAACCAGUUGGGAUCCGCCCUACUAGUGAAGCUGUUAUGUAUCCGUCUAUAUCCGACUGGAUCCAAAGUCAUCGUGAUCUGCCAUUAAAGUUAAACCAAUGGUGCAACGUUGUUCGCUGGGAAUUCAAGGAUGCCAUUCCCUUUUUAAGAACACGUGAAUUUUUAUGGCAGGAGGGCCAUUCAGCUUUCGAAUGCAAAGCACAAGCAGAUGAAGAAGUUUUGCAAAUUUUGGAAUAUUAUCAGAAGUGUUAUGAAGAACUUUUGGCUAUUCCUGUGAUUCCAGGAAGAAAAAGUGAAAAAGAAAAGUUUGCUGGCGGACUUUAUACUACCACGCUUGAGGGAUACAUUGCUGGAGUUGGUCGUGCCAUUCAAGGCGCGACCUCUCACUGUUUAGGCCAAAACUUCAGUAAAAUUUUUGAUGUCCAUUUCAUUGACCAAAAUGGACAAAAGCAGUUUGUCUGGCAAAAUUCGUGGGGCUUUACUACUCGUUCUAUUGGCAUUACGAUAAUGACGCAUAGCGAUGAUACCGGAUUUGUAUGUCCUCCUUUUGUUGCUGAAAAACAAGUGGUGGUAGUUCCCUGCGGAUUAAGCCAGAAGCACACACAAACCGAAAAGUUGUUUCUUUAUAAUCAUUGCCGCUCCAUUGUUGUGUCUCUGAUUGCUGUGGGAGUUCGAGCUUUUUGUGAUCUCAAUGAGCACGUGACAGCCGGGAAAAAGUUUUAUCAUUGGGAACUUCGAGGUAUUCCAGUGCGUAUUGAAGUUGGUUUUCGAGAUUUGAAAGAUAAUUCUGUAAUAGUGUGCAUACGUUUUAGUGGCGAAAAACGAACAAUUAAACUUUCCAAACUUUCUGAAGACAUUCCAAAUCUUUUGAAAGAAAUCCAUAAUGAAAUGUUAUUAAAGGCGAAGAAAACUCUCGAUAUAAAUACCAAAUUGUUAUUUAAAUGGGACGAUUUUGUUCCUGCAUUGGACAAUUUACAUCUUUGCUUGGUCCCGUGGUGCCAAAGAGUCACGUGUGAGGAAGAUAUUAAGACUAAAAGCACUAGAAAGGUACCUCACCCGACCCAUCCAUCCAUGGGCGCCAAAUCUCUCUGCACUCCCUUUCGCCAGCCUCAAGCCCUUGACGAGGGCCAACGCUGCAUAAAUUGUGACGAGCUUGCUAAAAGUUUUACUCUUUUUGGAAGGAGUUAUUAA